AUGGCGCCUAUCACACCCGACGACCUCCUCGGCGUCCACCAAGUGCACGUGGACGGCGGCCACUGGUUCAACGUGCGGUGCACAAGAAUUCCAGGCGUUUCGUUGACGGAGAAACUGUCCUACAACACCUGCUCCGCGCCGCUCGAGUUCGAGUUCCUUCCGAAGCCGGGCGACGCGAAGUUGCCCAGCUGGGUGUCCAGUACCAGACCGGUGAAGAAAACCAGCAUAAACCGGUGGGGGAAGCCCUACAACUGCUUUACUUGCGAGGUGGACGGCGACGCGUACUGCGCGUUUAAAACGAAAAAGGACCUCGUCGACUGGCGCAUGACGAAUGACUUCGAGGAGAUCUGCCUUUGGAAACGCGGAGGUAAGACGGAUCAGGACAACGCGGCGCAAAACGUGUGGAAAAAGCUGAGCGGAAAGUGGAAGUGGGUUGCGCGGCACACGGGAGAUGCCAAGAGCAACACGGGUGGGGGCAGUUCGGCGGGAAAAAUGAAAAUGGCCGUCAAAAAGAUGGCGAUGAAAAAGAAGUGAUGGUAAAAACACUGCGGAUGUCGGUCCCGCGCUUCCUGUAAGAUUUAUCUUAAUGCUAGGUCGUAAUUCGCGCUGAUAUGCAGUGCGAACAGUUAUAAGUUUCAAUGUUUACUGUGUGCAGCAAAAAACGCAAACACGUCGUAGGCAAUUGCGCUGAUUCAGCCGCCAACUGCGCGACGGCAACUUCUGUCCUGAAUGUUUGUGACGUGCAUGUAGCUGUGGCAAGUAACCACGAGAGAAAACAACAUCAUCG